CUCCAUACAGGAUCAGUUAAAAGCAGCUCCUGCAGGUUGCAGUCAGCAUCACUGGUUUCAGAGCUGUCUCUUGUGUAUAAUCCAGCAGCAUUCACAUCAUGAUGAGGCUCUUGUUACUUUCAUGUUUCCUCCUUGGACGUAUCACCUGCUAUCCUCAACAAGGUAGUGGUGGUCAUUUUCUCCCAUACCAAGGUCAGGCUCCAUCCUAUGAAAAACCAUUGAUGCAGUCUGGCUACAGUGGCUUUCCUGGUGUAUACAGCAGCAGCAUGAACACAGCUGGAGGCAGUGGAAGUCCUCCCAUGUGGUACUCUGCUUCCUAUCCUGAACAAGAGCCAGCCAAGCCAACUUAUCAGAGACCAGCACAGUCCAGUGGUUAUGGCAGCUACUCUCAACAGUCUGGUUCCCAGGGUGCUCAGUCUGGAGCUCCAGGCAGCCAGCACCAGGUUGAACAGGAGAGCUGGAGCUCCUCAUCUGACGACGAGGAGGAGCCAGAGUUCACUCCAGUGAGCGAGGAGGAUCAAGUGUACGCUUCCAAGACUCGCUCUCGCUACAACCAGAAACGGCUGCUGUUCAGUCAGUUCCGCUACACCCCAACAGAACCCCGUGUUCCUCAAGAACCAGUGUUCCCGUACCCCAGCAAGUCUCAUCAGGGCAAAGGUUCAGCCAAAGGAAGCCGCUAAGAUUUGUGAGGGCCACUGAAGAUCACCUGAUUUGACUUUUGUAAUCUACAGACUCCGCUAAUAAAUGAAUUAAAAUUCC